AGUCACGCUCCUGGCAGUAGGAAAUUACUUUCUGUUUUUUUCUUCCCGCUCUAGAUUUUCCUUAGGAAAUCACAUGGAGGUGCAGAUGUGCUCACAUGACAGUGUGAGAGAUGGAAGGGGAGCUCAAUGAAGGUCCCACUUGUGCCGCCAAAACAGCUCGGACCCGUCGAGGCAUGGACUCCACAAGACCUCUGAAGGUGUGCUGUGGUAUCUGGCACCGAGACAUUAGCAGCAGAUCCUUUAAGUCCAGAUCCGUCCCUCUGUACUAUAGGGAAGUGCAUCAAGCUGUCAGUAAUCGGACGGAUGAACGGGUGUCAAUUGAUGUGUUCCAAAGACUCCUCGACAGGACUGAUCUCUCCAUCACUGUACAGAACCAGAUAACAGAGCAUGUAGAUAACAGAGAUGGUUUUCUAAGUAAGGUGUCUCUCUAUAAAGCCCUGGCACUGAUUGCCCUUGCUCAACAAGGCAAGCAGCCGAGCCCCAAACUCUUGGAGAACUGCAUACAAGAAUUCCCUAAACCCCAGCUGGGAGACCCAAAGGAAAUGCAGGCCCUGAGAAUACAGCCAGCUCAGGAGAACCCUCUUCUCAUGUCUCUGUCCCUGGCCAACCUGCUGGGCAAGGACACCAUAAAGGUGGAGCUCAUCCCUGAGAAGAAAGGCCUGUUCCUCAAACAUGUGGAGUAUCAGGUCACCAGUGAGCGCUUCAAAAUUUCCGUCUAUCGGCGUUACAGCGACUUUGACGUCUUCCAUGAGCUUUUGCUCCAGAGGUAUGCCUACAGAAUGGUGCCUUCCCUGCCACCCAAAAGAGUGCUUAAAGGAGUAUUGAACUCAAUGUCAGAGAAAGAGUUCAUCGAAGGACGGCGGCGUGCUUUGGGCAGAUUUUUGAACCUUGUAGCAAGACAUCCCUUUUUCUCGGAGGACGAGCUUGUUAAAAUAUUUCUUACAUUCAGUGGCUCGGACGUCCAAGUAAAACUACGAGAUGCUUUCAAGAAAAUGGGAGAUGAGUUUAUGACCUAUACAUAUGCAACACAAGCCAAGGAAUACCUCCCUCCGGACAUCCAGGCCCUGUUUACUACAUGCCGAGAGCUGAUCAGAAACAUCCACAACAGCUUUCAGAAACUGCGGGACCGAGCAGAGAGAAUGGCAGAGCGUUCAAAGGAGAACUCCACAGAUCUGCUCAUGUUUGGGAAGGAGCUUAGUACGUUGGGUUGUGACCCCUCACCCGUGCCUGUCCUGGACUCCUCUAAGAGCAUGUGGGCUGAUUUGAGACUCUCUCUCCGUGGCCUUUCCUCGGAAUUCUCCCUGUUAUCAGACAAAGCUGCCCAACAGGGAAAAAGGGAAGAGGAUGAUGUGGUGGAAAAACUGAACUUCUUCCUGGAUUUGCUACAGUCGUACAGGGACUUGUGCGAGCGUCACGAGAAGGGCGUUCUGCACGAGCACCAGAAGGCCCUUCAGAAGUACAGUGUGAUGAAGAGACAGAUGAUGAGUGCAGCCGUGCAGUCAAAAGAACAGGUGUCUGUGGAGCAGCUGGAAUCCCGCAUCGUCCAGCAGGAGAAUGCAAUCCAGACGAUGGAGCUACGAAACUACUUUUCCCUGUUCUGUGUGCAUCAGGAAAGCCAGUUGAUCUUUGCCUACCUCCCCAUCACCUCACGCAUCCUAGGGGCCUUCGUCAAUUCACAAGUGCAGAGUCACAGAGAGAUGGGCCAGGUCUGGAUCAAUCUUCACUCCAAGCUGAGUGGACUUUUUGCAGACAGUAAUGGAGGUCAGUCUCCUCCUCUCACGCCAAAAUAGCCUGGACAAAUGGAAACACUGGGCUGCCAGAACCACUUCAGGCGAUGUUCUUUCCUUUAUGCAUCCUACAAAAACACUACCAUGUAUGAUGGUUCUCUUUUUCUGUUACUUCGAGCUCAUUUCUAUGCAGAACCGUAUCGAUGUUUUCUUUAUCAGCGCCGCUUCAUGCCAGGCUUGAUGGCAAAAUGACACAAACAUUUAUUUUGUAUGAAACUACUUUACUAUCUUUGUAAGGUAACUUAAAUGAAAAGGAAUGUUGGCUCUUUUUUUAUAUAUAUAUAUAUAUAUUAAUUAGUCCUAUAUGCUAUGUAGGUCAUUAUUAAGCUAAGGAUGUAAUUUUAAGAAUAACACUUCUUCAUUUUGUAUAGAAUGAUAAGGAACCUUCUGUACAACAUGUUUACAGCCAGAGGAUGGCAGUAUUGCUGCAAAGACGCAGUUUAUUUCCACAUGUAGUGUAUUACUGCAAAUCUUUUGAAGGGAAAAAAUAAAAAUUGUAAUAGUGGCAUAGUGUCAAGAUUAUUACUAUAAUCCAUUCCUUGCUAAACAAGCCAGAGCUUUGACUAGCACUGUUCUUCUUUUUUUCCCCCCAUAGUUGCAAAGUCUGAGCCCAAAUCUAAAGUAUGUGUACUCAGAGUAGGCGUUAAUAAUAUACAUAGCAGAAGAGGAAGGACAUACUAAAGAUUGUUUCAGAUGUUUUCUUAAAGCAAAUGUGUACAUUCCUAGAUUAGAACAUCUCAGGUGAAAAUAUGAAGUAAAAUGAAAUAAAAAAGAUUGAUAUGAAAUGUUUAUUAACUUAAAACAGAGAAAUAAAGAUAUUCUACACCAGUGUUUUUGCCUGUAUAUUAUCUAAUGGACCGUGUGUGCCAUACUGGGGUGAAUCAUGCCUCGCUUAUUAUCCAGUAGCCUGAUUUGUUCAUAGAGGCCAUGCUUUAUACAAAAUUUAAUGUUUUGUAUAAAUUUUGUUUGUUUUUGUUUUUUUGCAGAGGGCCAUUUUGGAUAAUUUUUGUUUAUUCAUUUUAGUUUUUGCAAACAGUUUAUAACUUCUAUUUGCUUGAUGGAUCUAGCAUGGACCAUAGUUUGCCCUCUGCUGGCAUUAUGGGCAAAUUACAACUUUAAUUUCUUACUAAAUGGAUGUGUUGGACACGUGCGUGCUCUAAACUGCCUCUGUUAUUGCUCUCCUGUUGUUAUAUGUGCAUCUUUGCUAAUCAACAAUAAAGCAAGAGAUUUAAGCAAGA